AUGUAUGUUAUGCAUAGGUUGGCAUUUAGGGAGCGACAUUGUCCAUCACUUUCUAAAAGAAUUGAUUGCCUAAUCCAUCCACAACAGGGUUACAAGAUACCUACUAUAUGGCCAACAAGCAAGGAUGAGUGUUGGUACAAGAAUAGUUCAUAUGAAUGGAUUAAUAAUGAAAAAUCAAACCAGAAUUGGGUGAGGAAGGAAGGGGAGAAAUUUCUCUUUGCAGGUGGAGGUACAAUGUUUCCCAGAGGAGUCGGCGAAUAUGUGGAUCGAAUGGAAGAUUUGAUUCCAGAAAUGAAAGAUUAUAUUAUUCGAACUGUACUUGAUACCAAAUAUUCGGUUUCAAGUUGGGGUGGUGAUUUGUUGAAUCAUGGAAUUAUCACAUUGUCUUUGGCAUCUAGAGAUAACCAUGAAGCUCAGGUACAGUUUGCACUUGAAUGGGGAAUUCCUGCAAUUCUUGGAAUCAUCUCCAUACAACGGCCUCCAUAUCCAUCCCAUGCAUUUGACAUGGCUCAAUGCUCUCAUUGUCUCAUUCCUUGGACAUAA